GCCCCGCUGCCAGGAAGUUCAGGAACUCGGUCACCGCCCCAGCCCCCACUACGCCUCAUCUAUUGUUGUGCAAUAGUCUGCGACAUCGAAACAAUCCUGACCGAAACUUUUCAGGUAGCUAACUAACAACUAGAGAUCGGUUUAAGCCACUCUUGUAUUCCUCUUUCGAUCAAUUUUCAAGAAGAAGUUUCCUGUAAGGUUAGGAGCACAACUGAACUGAGUCACUGCGGGGAGGAAAAGGGAGUAAAACUUUUGAGGCAAGGAAUUCCGUAAUUCCCGUUCCUCCAUUUUGAACUUUUAAACGCCAGUUUUUGCUAGUGUAUUGUUUUCGAAUUCCAGACACCAUGACAAACAUCAAUACAGCGAACAUCAACACAGCUAACAUCAACUUCAAAUGGGACCCAAAGAGUCUAGAGAUCCGUACUCUGGCUGUGGAGAGGCUGCUGGAGCCCCUGGUAACCCAGGUCACCACUUUGGUAAACUCCAGCAACAAAGGCCCAUCUAACAAGAAGAAAGGACGCUCCAAGAAGGCUCAUGUUUUGGCUGCAUCUGUGGAGAAUGCCACCCAGAACUUCCUGGAGAAAGGAGAAAAGAUUGCAAAGGAAAGUCAGUUCCUAAAGGAUGAGCUUACUGCUGCUGUGGAAGAUGUCCGCAAGCAAGGAGAGUCAAUGCGGCAGGCUUCUGGAGAAUUUGCAGAAGACCCCUGCUCAUCUGUGAAGAGGGGCAAUAUGGUUCGUGCUGCCAGAGCCCUCCUGUCAGCAGUCACACAUCUGUUGGUGCUGGCAGACAUGUCUGAUGUCUACAAACUUCUACUGCAGCUUAAACUGGUGGAGGAAAAUCUUGUGAAAGUGCGCAAUGCAGGAACAGAGCAGGACCUUGGUAUCCAGUAUAAGGCCUUGAAACCAGAGGUGGACAAGUUGAACAUCAUGGCUGCCAAGAGACAGCAGGAGCUAAAGGACGUCCACCACAAGGACCAAAUGGCUGCUGCCCGUGGGGUGCUACAGAGGAACAUCCCCAUGCUGUACACAGCGUCUCGUGCCUGCCUCCAGCACCCUGACGUGGCAGCUUACAAGGCUAACCGUGACCUGAUCUACAAGCAGCUGCAGCAUGCAGUCUCCGGCAUCUCCAACGCCGCUCAGGCCACUGCCACUGAGGACUCAGCUCUCAAUCAGCCAGCAGGGGGUGGAGAGCUUGCCUAUGCCCUCAACAAUUUUGAUAAACAAAUCAUUGUGGACCCACUGGCGUUUAGUGAGGAGCGCUUCCGCCCAUCCCUGGAGGAGCGUCUUGAGAGUAUUAUCAGUGGUGCUGCCCUCAUGGCUGACUCUUCUUGCACACGUGAUGACCGCCGGGAGCGCAUUGUGGCCGAAUGCAAUUCUGUGCGCCAGGCUCUUCAGGACCUUCUGUCUGAGUAUAUGGGCAAUGCUGGAAGGAAGGACAGGAGUGAUGCUCUGAACACAGCCAUCGACAGGAUGACAAAGAAGACCAGAGACCUUCGCAGACAGCUGCGUAAAGCUGUGAUGGACCAUGUCUCUGACUCUUUCCUGGAGACCAACGUUCCCCUCCUUGUCUUGAUUGAAGCUGCCAAGAAUGGCAAUGAGAAAGAAGUCAAGGAAUAUGCACAGGUGUUCCGUGAGCACGCCAACAAGCUUAUCGAGGUGGCCAACCUGGCAUGUUCCAUCUCCAACAAUGAAGAGGGUGUGAAGCUCGUCCGGAUGGCAGCAUCUCAACUGGAAACUCUUUGCCCCCAGGUGAUUAAUGCAGCGUUAGCCCUUGCUGCCAAGCCCAACAGUAAAGUGGCCCAGGACAAUAUGGAGUUGUUCAAGGAGCAGUGGGAGAAGCAGGUCCGCAUCCUCACCGAUGCUGUUGAUGACAUAACAUCCAUUGAUGACUUCCUUUGUGUGUCUGAGAACCACAUCCUGGAGGAUGUGAAUAAGUGUGUCAUCGCUCUGCAGGAGAAAGAUGUUGAUGGUUUGGAUCGCACUGCUGGGGCUAUUCGAGGCCGUGCUGCCAGAGUCGUCCAUGUGGUCACUUCUGAAAUGGACAAUUAUGAACCUGGAAUCUACACAGAGAAAGUCUUGGAGGCCACCAAGCUCCUCACUGACACAGUCAUGCCACGGUUCACAGAACAAGUAGAGUCUGCAGUGGAGGCCUUGAGUGCCAACCCCUCACUACCUGUGGAUGAGAAUGAGUUCAUUGACGCAUCCCGUCUUGUAUAUGAUGGCAUUCGCGACAUUCGCAAGGCUGUCCUCAUGAUCAGAACUCCAGAGGAGUUGGACGACUCCGACUUUGAGACUGAAGACUUUGAUGUUCGCAGCAGGACCAGUGUGCAGACAGAGGAUGACCAGCUUAUUGCCGGCCAGAGUGCACGGGCUAUCAUGGCCCAGUUGCCCCAGGAGCAGAAGGCAAAGAUUGCUGAACAGGUGGCUAGCUUUCAGGAAGAGAAGAGCAAGCUGGAUGCUGAGGUAUCCAAGUGGGAUGACAGCGGCAAUGACAUCAUUGUGUUGGCUAAGCAGAUGUGCAUGAUCAUGAUGGAGAUGACAGACUUCACCAGGGGGAAAGGGCCACUGAAGAACACAUCUGAUGUCAUCAGCGCUGCCAAGAAAAUUGCGGAGGCGGGAUCACGAAUGGACAAGCUGGGCCGCACUAUCGCUGACAAUUGCCCGGACUCUACCUGUAAGCAGGACCUGCUCGCCUACCUGCAGCGUAUUGCCUUGUAUUGCCACCAGCUUAACAUCUGCAGCAAGGUGAAGGCCGAGGUGCAGAACCUGGGAGGGGAGCUGGUUGUCUCUGGGUUGGACAGCGCCAUGUCCCUGAUUCAGGCUGCGAAGAAUCUGAUGAACACCGUGGUGUCCACCGUCAAGGCCUCCUAUGUUGCUUCUACUAAGUACCAGAAGAGCAAAAACAUGGAGUCCCUUAACAUGCCAGCUAUCUCCUGGAGGAUGAAAGCGCCUGAGAAGAAGCCUCUGGUGAAGAGAGAGAAGCAGGAUGACGGCCAGACCAACAGGGUCAAGAGAUCCUCUCAGAAGAAGCACAUCAACCCCGUGCAGGCUCUCAGCGAGUUUAAAGCCAUGGAUAGCAUCUAGACUCCCCUGUAUCGGAUUCAAAAGACCACAAAAUAUUGACCAUUGAGUUUAUAUAUAUAUAUAUAUAUAUAUAGAUAGAGCUUGCCAGUCUAAAAAAAAUAAAAGGUUUUAUCAUAUUUGCUCUACCUUUGCAUAGACAGCUUGUCUGUUCGACCCAUUAUAUUUCUACACGGCCUCAUUUCUAUUCCAUAAUUUCCGAUUGUCUCUAGUCUGUAGCAGUAACUGUCUCUUCUCUGGAAAAUGCAGUUAGAGGGAAAUCAACUGGAUGGAUGCAUUUGGAAAAAAAUAUUUUUCUUUUGUUUAUUUGAGCAAGUAGCGUGGAUUCCAUAGAUAUAAAAACUAAUUCCAAGAGGCUUUUGAUAAUUUUGUAUUCUAACCAGUUUUAUAAUAAUACUGUGGGUUUGCUGGUGUUUUCCACUACAAGGUCUGAUUAUGGCAAAAUACAUUCUGUACUGCCAAUAUCAACUAUGCAAAAUCUGUCUGCCUUCUUUUAACUUGAGCAAUAACUAGUUCAUUAUGAUGUGCUGGGCUAACUGGUCGAUUUUAGAUGUGUUUUGGUUCUUAAGGCCUUAAGGAACCAAAGUCUUUACAUUUCCACGUGCACCUGCCUUUUCCUAACUAUGCAUACUUUGUUAUGCCACUAUAAACAGUUACAAUAAGUUUAAACUGACCUGAACACUAUUCUCAGUGCUAAAUGACUGAUAUGUACCCCAUUAACUGAUAAAUGUUUUUUUUUUUUUUUAUAAUUUAAGCAGCUCAUGUAUUUUCUGUAUUCUUUUUUUCAUGUUCCCAACAUGCAGCAAACCAAACGUAACCGAGUAUUCCCCCCCCCAGCCUGGUCCGUGGGCUUAAUCGUACACUAAAUGCAGACGAAUUCAACCAGUUCAGUCAAACUUUGUAAAUAAGCCGCAACUCCUCAGAGUGUGGGAGAACCCAGUGGGCUAAACAAUGAGCAGAGCGCGUGCCGUUACUCUUCCAAAGCUGACAAGCUUCAUUAACUAUGAGACCAAACCCUUCCACAGUCUCAGAAUGGGUCCAAAUUGAGGGAUCAAUAAGUUUUCUCUCCACAGCUUUGAACUAGGCGAGGAAAAGGGAUUUCACUGACUUUAAACUCUGCUUAUUGGUUAUAUUCCUUGUCCUUAAGCAUGAACACUAAUCAAGGUUUUAUGUCAGGCACAAUCUUUAUAGAAAACUAGAAAGCCAUUGCCAGGAGUUGGAGCUUUAAAGUUAAACAGGAGAGUGUGGUUUUCUUAACUUCAGGUAACCACUGCAGGAUGUCUGAGUCGUACACAGUAUUCUGCUGCAUAGCGGUGCAUUAGUGUACAACAAGGCUUUGAAACCCUGCUGCUUUGGUCUUGGGGCUGAAUCUUUGUUUUGCUCGUCUGACAUCUGUGAAUUAUAGCAGGAGGAUUAUCUAUUUUUCAUUUUUUUCUUUUUUUUUUACUGUAUAAACAACCAUUUUGACAGUUUGUCUUUUGCUGUAUUUGAGUUUGGAUUUAAAGCUUGAGUGUUAUCAAACUUUGCUGUGGAUUUUUUGUUAUUGAGAGCUGACUUGUUGUGCACACGUUUCUUAUAUUCAUGUGCCUGCUUUAUAUCUUAAUAAACAGUUCAAAU